AUGGGCUUCGGUGCAGUCGUCAGCUACUUUGGGCUCAUCUUCUUGCUCACGGUGUUUAUCGCCUCGGGUGUUCAAAUCAUGAUGUACCCCACCUCAGGCGCCAUGAUGUUGGCGAAGAGUAACUUCCCCAAGUUGCUGGAAAUGGCUGGCAUUCAGUACCGCCUCUCUGUUGCUGAAUACACCAUGGUUGUGCAGGGCAUUGGUGCUUCCUGCAUUGGCUUUUCCCUGCUAAUGCUGCUGGGCGUUGGUCGUUCCUUCUUUGCCUUCUUGCUCGCCGUUUUGGUUUCUCUGCUUACACUCGCCUUCCACAUUGACCUCCGUGCCCCCACGAAGAUGAGUGAAACGAAUGCCUUUCAGGUCUUGAAGAAUGCCGCCAUUUUCGGUGGACUGAUGUUUGUUGCAGGGAGCUCUGGUCGCUCCCGCGCCGCCCCACGGGCCGCCACCAAUGCGACGGGGAAAGAAAAAAAGAAGAAUUAA